AUUUUCGACCUUGACACUUCGGCAUGGCCUUCAACACCUUCAAUGAGGGCCUCAAGAUUGCAUCGAACAUCGGAAACCGGGCUAUCGCGGCCGAGGCAAGCCUCGCGAGCUUGAGCCCACUCGCCUCACCUCUCCCGACGCUCCACAAGGCGUUCAGCCUGUACGUGCAGGCCGCUGAGGCGUAUUCGCACCUCUUGCAGAGCGCGCUGGUUCCGGCCAGCGAGCGCGCGGGCGUACAGCGCAAAUGGCGACUAGUGCUGGAGCGGGCGGAGAAGGUGAAGAAACGGAUCGAGGGGCUGGGGGGCCGCGUGGGCGCAGCCAGCGUCGACGAGGAAGCGGAGGAAGCCGCGGUAGUGCGUCGCGGCGCCGUAAUCAAUGGCUUCAAGGCGGAAGUGUGGCGCACACCGCCAGACUACGAGUUCACUGGAGCAGCGUGGCGCGACACGCGCCAGCCGGACCUCGCGGCAGAGCAGCUCGCGCUCUCACCUGAAUGGGCGCCACUUCCAGACUCGGCGUGGGACGCGCCGCCCGGCAUGUGGGAGGUGCGCCAGGGUCCUGGAGCAGACUGCUCUGUCACGGCUGGGCUGGGCGCCUGCAUCGCGCACAAUGCGCGGUGGGGGACAAAGCUGGGCGAAUCUGCACUCUAUCCGCAAGCCGUGUCCGGCCGACCUGCGCGCUCCGAGAACGCGAAGCACGUGGUCAAACUCCUUUUGAACGGAGCAUGGCGCUCGGUCGUUGUCGACGCACUCCUUCCUCGCUCUUCCGCGCACAAGCCAUUGCACAUCACGGCGCGACAAGGCAACGAUCACCUUGGCCCAGCGUGGAUCCCUCUCGCUGUCAAGGGGUACUUCAAGGCUCUUGGGGGAUACAGUAUUCCCGGCAGCGACCCCGCGCCAGACGUGUAUGCGUUCACGGGCUGGAUCCCAGAGCGACUCACCCUUGCUUCCGGCUUCCAGCGAGAAAAGGAGUGGAGCCGUCUCCAGCGCGCCUGGGCCCGGGGCAGCGUAAUCGUCACUCUGGGGAGCGGGCACGACGCGGCGCCAGGCUUGGUGCCGCUGCACGCGUACGGCGUGACGGGCGUGGACGAGGUCGACGGGGAGCGGGUGCUGCGGAUCUUUGACCCGGGGUCUUGCCGGACCCCCAGCGUGGACACGCUCGCCGAUGAGCUGCAGGAAGUUUCUGUUGGCGGCGAGAGGGCAGGAUCUAGACUCGCUUACUCGUUCACAAUGUCCUGGGAUGAGGUAUGCUCGAGGUUUCAUACACUCAACCUCAAUUGGGACCCGGCAUUGAUGCCGAUUACGGCGGAGCGACACUGGUCAUGGCUCAAGCCCGAGGGCGACACCGACGAGUCGCUGUCUCUGCGCUCGAGCCCGCGCUACCGCGUCACAGCGACGACGAGCCAGCCCGACGCCGAGGUCUGGCUCCUCCUCUCUCAGCACCGCAACUCGAAAGACGUGCCGUUAGACGAUAUCGCCGUCCAUGUCUUCCGGGACCACCGCGCGCGCGUGCGCGCCGACGUAAGCCGCCUCGUCGCCCCAACGCAUGAGGAGGAGAACCCAUACACGAAUGCGCUGCAUACCCUAGUCCGCUAUCCGCUGCGCGAGGGCGCCAAUGUGCUUUCGGCACUACCCUCGCGCGACCGUGGCCUUCUACAAACGGGCUUCACGCUCCGCGCCUUCGCGGCGCCCGGCACGAGCCUGGCGCUGCAGCGCGUCGCCCUCUCUCUCCCAUUUACGCAGGAGGCGCGGGGCGCGCUCACAAAACGCACAGCCGGCGGUCACCCCGGAUAUCCCACGCACUCCCGAAACCCGCAGUACCGCUUGGCGGUCGAGCGGGCGGGGACGCUGCGCGUCGCGCUCAAAGGCGCGGCGGAGCUUGCGUGGAACGUCAAAAUCGUGUGGGGCGCCGAGCGCGUGUUCGAGCUCGCGGCCGAGGCCAUCGUUGCGGCCUCUGGCGCGUACAACUACGGCAUGGCGUACUGCGAAGUCGACGUCGAGGCGGGGACGUAUACCGUGCUCGUGUCGAGCUACGAGCGCGACGAGGGCGCAUACGCGCUCACGGUCGAGGCGAGUGCGCCGGUGUCGCUUACGAGCAUACCGCAGGAGGGCGCGGGCAUGUUCGCGCGCGCCGUACAUGGCAAGUGGGACGAACGAACGGCGGGCGGACGGCCCAGUGGGAACGGAUACGAUCGCAAUCCCCGCAUUGAGGUCACGCUUAGCACACCCGGCACGCUGCUCGCACGUCUUACGCUGCCCACCCCCGCACCCGUGCCCAUCAAUCUGACCGUGUUCAGACGGGGAACCGGCACCCUUGGGGAACAGGUAGCUACUUCUGGGCCCUAUGUUGAGCGUGUGUGUGGUGUAUCGACUGGAAAGGUGCGCCUCACCCCUGGUAUCUACGUACUGGUGCCGAGCACAUACAACGCCGUGUUGGAGGACUGGACAGUGGAUGUCUGGGCCGACACGCAGUUCAGUACUGAAGUUGUGCAAUAGUUGGCGGACCUAUGGAUUGAUGUCGCA